AGCCUCUGCCUUCCCUGCUUCUGUAUCCAUGCUGCCUCACGGAAAAGCAGCCUGUCAGGCAGGAAUGAACAGAUUUUUGAAUAUCCAUUCUCUCUGACAGCCAUCCUUCCCUUCUAACCGUUAGCAGAUGGAGGUCAGUCCCGUUUACAUGCAGAGUGAUGACAGUGAACCGAACAGGCCCGCGCAUCCCCGGGGCUGCCUAACAGGCGAAGCCGGGAAAAGCGAACACAUUCGGGCGGGACAUUACGUGGACUUCCCGGUGUCGGUUGUUCUUCCUGCCGGCGGAACCGGCGAGAGAACCGGACUGCAGACACCAAAACAGUUCUGUUGUUUUCUGGGUAGACCGCUCAUAAGCUACACUAUAGAGUCAUUUGAGAGGGUAUUGUGGAUCCAAACCGUCGUGGUUGUUGUUGCUAAGGAAAACAUCGGCUUGAUGACGGACAUCAUCCAACGGUUCCAGCACAAGAAGGUCCGGGUGGUAGCCGGGGGCUCAACUCGCCACAGGUCCAUCUGCAAUGGAGUCAUGGCUCUGGGGGAGGAGGGGAAACCCAAGGUGGUCAUUAUACAUGAUGCUGUGCGCCCGUUUGUGGACGAGAACCUCCUGUACCAGAUAGCGGUGGCUGCCAAGGAGCAAGGAAUCCUUGUGUCUUUUUCCAUACAGGCAGCUGGAGCUAUCCGGCCGCUUGUUUCCACAGUGAUCGCCACUACAUCAGAGGGAUACCUGGAUCAUUCUUUAGAGCGGGCCAAGUACAGGGCCAGCGAAAUGCCUCAGGGAUUCAGAUAUGAUGUCAUCCAUCAGGCCUACCAGAGGUGCACCGAGUCAGAUUUCGAGUUUGGUACCGAGUGCCUCCAUCUAGCUCUGCAGUACUGCGGCACCAAUGCUAAGCUUAUUGAUGGUCCACCAAGUCUGUGGAAGGUGACCUAUAAACGGGAUUUGGCUGCUGCUGAGUCCAUCAUCAAAGAGACUCUGUCACAGUCAGCUUGUCUUAUCACUGGAAGGUGGGAAGCUGGUGUUACUCUGGCCAAUGUUCUCCAAAAGGCUUUCGGAGCUCUGGAUAUGGAGUUGAACGUCAUGCCAGAUCUGAUGGGAGACAACAUCAGGUACCUGCUAAGGGACUGGAACUUCAUCCAGCUUUCUGUCAGUCAUUCUUGUUUUUCAGAAGUGGAAGCCUUACUUGUGGUUUUAAAGUCAGAAAAGCGGGCCCUUCUCCAUCCAGUAGUCGUUAUUUCGCUGCAUUUGAGCAGCACAGAGGAGCCGUCUACCAGCAGGAGGGCGGAAGAGUCUGCUGCACUGAUGGGCCUGGCCUCGACAGCCAAGUUACAAAAUAUUCUUCUCUACGGCAUCCGGCUUCAUCAGCCUGGGGACACGGAGCAGUGGGAGAGGUCGGCGUUACGGGUCGCUGAGAUCGCAUCAGCCUUGAUCGGGGACAGGAACCCUGCCUUGGUGGGACAGCUCCUGCAGGCAUGAGAAGAGGAGUCAUCAACAAAACAACUGUUAUUCUUAAACUGGAUUAUUUAUAUUAUCUAUCAUCUCUUAAAUACUGAAUCAGGUCUGGAGGAGUUUGGUAAAUUACUGAUUCCAUGUCGAUAGAAAAGGUUAUUUUAGCCUAAGAUGGGAUUACAUGCAGUUGUAUCUCCUUUUAGGAGUUCAAAAGAUAAUAUUCAGAUAAAAUGAAA